UUCAUAUAUUCUUAUGUCGAUAUAAUAUAAUGCUAAAAAUUUGUACUUCCUCUUCGUCCGUCCCGCCAUUUUCGUAAAGGGAACGUGGAUCAACGAAUAUCGUACUUGCCGCACUUAACCUAACCUUACUUGUAUUCGGCAAUUUGGUAUUGGAUCGAAGCCUGUCGGAAUCAGGUGCCAGGUGCCAGGUGUGCCAAAAAGUUUAAGCACAAGGUUGAAGGCACGAAAAUCAAUAAAUUUCUACCUUUGGAAAUUUAGUUUUAAUAAGUUGUAAGGUGUAGCGUAUUCAAUCAUACCUGCAAUAAAUACACAAUAUCAAUGACAGAUCCAUGGCGAGAUAUGUUAUUUAUUUUCGGAAAUCUCCGUUUUGCCAUUUUGUUCUUGAUGUGGUCGUUAUUUCUUUGGGAACAUUAUUUGGAUCUUCGACAGAGAAGUUUGAUGAAGAAGUUGGUUAAUUUACCAGAGCACUUGUCAUGGUUAAUGACUAAGGAUAUAUAUGACAAAGCUCGUGCAUAUCGUUUAGAUACAAAUAGUUUUGGUAUUUUCUCAGAUUUAUGUAAUAAGAUUUUUACUACAAUUAUUGUAGUAUAUUAUGGUUAUUAUUAUACUUGGCAACUAGGUGUUGAAAUAGCCAAGUACUUUGGUUUCAAUCAUGAGAAUGAUCUAUUGCUAUGUUCACUAUUUAUAUUCAUUACAAACACAGUUCAAGAUAUAUUCAGUCUACCUUUAAAAGUAUAUAACAUUUUUGUUAUAGAACAGAGACAUGGUUUUAACAAACAGACACCUGCAUUUUUUAUAAAAGAUCAAAUUAAACAAUAUAUUGUGAUGCAAAUUAUUUCAAUAUUUCUCUCAUGUGGUAUGGCUUGGAUUAUGAUAAAUUGCGGCGAUUAUAUCUUCUUCUACUUGUGGCUGUUUGUAACUACGUGUUCAUUAUUUUUGAUGAUUUUAUAUCCGGAAAUAAUCGCACCUCUGUUCGACAAGUACUCUCCAUUACAAGAAGGCGAAUUGAAGAGAAAAAUCGAGAAUUUGGCGGCUUCUUUGAAAUUUCCUUUGUACAAGUUAUUUGUAGUUGAAGGCUCCAAGAGAUCGACUCACAGCAACGCUUAUCUGUACGGUUUCUUUAAACACAAAAGGAUUGUUCUCUUUGAUACACUCAUUAAGGGUUACUCUUCCAAUAAGAAAGACGAUGACGCUGAUAAAGGUUGUGAAACGGAUGAAGUAGUGGCGACAGUUGCUCAUGAAUUGGGACACUGGAAAUAUAAUCAUGUCUUGAAAGGAUAUCUGCUUAGCCAGAUUAUAUUUAUCAUCUAUUUUGUAAUAGUCGCAAAAUUCAUACGAUACGCACCGAUUUAUCAGGCGUUUGGUUUUAUGGAUUCUCAACCUAUGUUUAUAGGCCUAAUUAUAUUAUUGCAACAUAUUUUAAUGCCACUAAAUAUAAUCUUCGGUUUUAUUACUGUGGUACUGAGCCGACGAUUUGAAUUUCAAGCAGACGAAUUUGCCACAAAAUUGGGCCACGGCAAAAACUUAAGGUCGGGUUUGUUGAAGUUACAAAAGGAUAAUUUGGGAUAUCCUUUGUACGACAAGUUGUACUCAAUGUGGCAUCAUUCACAUCCACCUGUCACUGAAAGAUUGAGUGCAAUAAAAGCACUUGAAGCUGUAACACAAGAAAAAAAAGAUUAAGUUUAAACGACUAUAUAUAAAUGAUUUAUUUGUAUGCGGAUAUGAAAGAUGUAUGAAAUUUGUUGAUGUAGGCAUCAAUCAUAUACAAUCAUACAUAGGCCUACAGAUUUUUUAUUUUAGGAACUUUUUUUUGAAAUAUUGGCUUUUUUGCAGUAAUUUUUUGUCCGCAAAUCUCAAAAUUUUGCAAUCACAUUAAGAUAAAUAAUAAGACUAGUUUCAAAAUUAAAGAUUAUAUCUUAUAAUGAUAAGAUAAAGUAAAACAAAACUUAGUUUAUUUGCGAAAAAAAACAAGGGGCCGUUAUCAAACUCGCCUUUUUCAAGAAAAUUUUGUUUUUUAUUUACCAUAAAAUGUUGACAUGAUGAAGCAACAUCGAAAUAUCAAAUUCGAAUUCGGCGGACAAAAUUUAGAAAAAACCUAACUCUUGUUAUCAAUUAAAUAAUUCCGAUAUAAUUGCUUCCUAUUAAAUGUUUUUAUUAUUAUUCAACACAAUUGAUUUAUUUUUAAAUUUUAUAUAUAAUAUAUAUAUAUAUAUAAAAUAGGAACUUUUUGUGAACUUUACGUGUGAAUGUAAUAUUUCAGAAGCAGUUUUAAUUUUCAAAAAUAAACAUUGUAUAUCUUAUAACAUUUAUAUUAAAACUUAUGCAAACUAAUUUGAUACGUAAUUACAUAUAUCAUAUAAAUAUGUAAACUGCUUUACUUAAAAAAUGUUCAAAUAUACAUACUUAUAUGUGUUUGAAUGCGUGUGUGUCGAGUAUAUUAUGUAUGCGUUAAAAACUUGUGCAUUUAAAAACAUUCGAUAAUUUGAUAGUUUACUGUAUAUCUCUUCUAUAAUAUUGGGAGUUUACAAAAAUGUAUCACACGCUGAUCAAUAUAAUUCACGUAUUUAUUUAUGUGUUAAUAUGAG